AGUGUCAUCACUAUUAUUGAAACUAUUCUGUCCAGGCAAGGUGUGCGAAAAACGUUUAAUCGCUAACAGCGACCAAUUUGCUGAUCUGUGGCGGUAUUCCAGCAGCAUGAAUGGACACUAGGACGAUCCGCACCCAGCGAGAGUGCAAUGACGGAGAAUACAGAGAAAGGGGCGACCGUGGAAACGCCGCAAGUGGCGGGGUCUCAGCCAAAUCCUCCGGAUCAGGAGCCACUUGCCCUGGCCGAGGUACCGCCAGUUAAGGUAAAGAGCGAACGACCGGACGCAGAGGUGGAGGCCAAACUCCGGGCCCUGAAUGCCAAGAUCAAGGCGGAGAUGGUGACUUUGCAGCGGAGGAGCAACAGCAAAGAACUGGGAAACAGGGACGAAUCGGGGGACAGCGAGAGCUCCGCCUCAGCGGACGACAAGAAGGACAUUGAGCCGGUGAAGUCCUCAAACGAGAUCCUCGCCGAGCUGUUCGGCGUAUUCAACGCCGCUCCUCCAGAGGAACUGCUAGACGACAAUCUGUUCAAGAAAAAGAAAAAGGUCAAAAAAGAAAAGAAGGAAAAGAAGGCGAAGAAAAAGAAGACGGCCAAAUCGGAUGGCGAAUGUAGCGAUUCGGAGGCGGAAGGCAAGCACAAGCAUAAACGUAAGAAGCACAAACACAAAGACGGCAGGGUCAAAGACAAGGAAAAGGAUCGGGACCGGGACAAAUCCAAGGAGAAGGACCGGGACAAAUCUAAGGAAAAGGAUCGGGACCGCGUCACGGAGAAAUCAAAGGAGAAGGAACGGGAUAGGGCCAAAUCCAAAGAUAAGUUUACGGCAGCACAAGCUCCCUUUGAAAAGGAGAAAGAAAAGUCUGAGGGCAGGAAGCGCAGCGCUGUGGAGCCUGCCAGUCAUCCCGAAAAGCGGGAACGACAUGAGAGGGACAAGCAGCGCGAUUGGGAACGAGAAAGGGAACGGGAAAAGGAGCGUGAAAAGGAACGGGAGAAGGAGCGUGAAAAGGAACGGGAAAAGGAGCGUGAAAAGGAGCGCGUCCGCUCCCACAACAGCUUUUACAACGGUCACCGUGAAGCGGAUCGCUCGAGAGGAUCUGAAGCUGCAAGUACGAAGGCACGGCAGGAACCAGAUCUCUCCGAUAUCUCGCUUUCCGAUGAGGAGUCGUUCCUUCGGGAAAAGGCUUCCAACGGCCGCAGACGACCGCACAACAGCUUUUAUGACGGAAAGGAGGAGUCCUCGGUUUCACCCAGGCGGAACGUGCGCGAAUCCAACUCCAGGAGGAAUCGAAAGUCAAGAUCUCGGUCUCGUGAGCUCGGAAUCGACAAAAAGCGUUUGCUCGAGAUUGCGCGACGGAAUGCCAUUAACAUGUUUAAACGGGGAACAAUGCCCGGCGUGGCUAACAUGACGGCGGAGGUCAAGGACAAGGUGCUGGUCAAGAUGCGCUACGGAGGACGCACUGUUCAAGACCUGACCGACUUCUGCAAGAAAAUCUCCAACGGCGACGGACUGUCGGAUCUGAGUUCUGAAGACGAGUCCGAUGUGGACAAGAAUGGUAAUGCGAAGGCCUUUCAUCAUCCCUUUCAGCUGAAGGAGCGCGAGCCAAUUGUGAUGCAUAUACGAAAUUCAACGGCACUGGUUCCAGCACCAACUCGGAUCGACGAGCAAACAAAGGCCAUAACCAUGCAGUUCCCGGUUUCUUCGGGACAGACCCAUCGCAAUAAUGAGGUGUGGGUGCCGGUGGAGCGUAAGGACUCGCUAGUGCCGUUGCCCUGCCUUCCGCCAGCCAAACAGGCUACCAAUAUGUUCAAGGAAACGCCGAAGAACGUAUUCGCGAAGUCGAUACCCUCGCAAGAGCAGCAGGAACCCGCCUUUAAGUCACUGGGGGGAGCAUCCCUAGUCCCACCCUUAGCUGUCACUCAAUCGCCCACUCUUCCUCAACCAGUCCCGCCACCCGCACCAAAGGAGUCCGCCCCUGUGGUUGCUCCCUUCGUUCCCGAGGUGCCUAUACCGUCUACAACGGCCGUAACACCUGCGCAAAGUGCUUCCAUUUUUCCGGAUGUGACGCCGCCCUCCAUGGACGUAUCCAGCAUAAUCACCCAGCGUCUUAGUGCCAUACGUCGCCUGCAGGACAAUCCUGCCGACUCUGAGGCUUUGAAAAUGAUGUACAAUGCGCAACGCAACAUGUCGUCUUGGGCCAACUCAAAGCACCUGCCUGGUCAGUUUACGGGGAGCACGGGCGCCCAGGUGAUGAAGGCCCAUGAGCUGAACAGCGGUCCGCAGCUGUGGGUGCGCAAAGACCAAAUGACCUCCACCAAACCGGUGACCGGUGGCAUGGGAAUGGCGCUGCUGCAGAAGAUGGGCUGGAAACCGGGCGAGGGACUGGGCAGAUGUAAAACUGGAUCAUUGCAACCACUUUUGCUGGAUGUCAAGUUGGACAAACGCGGCCUGGUGUCGCGCGACGACUUAAAGCCCCCCCAAAUGCGUGCGUCAGCUGCCCAGCGAAGAAAUAAGAACAUGGCGGUACCAGUUGGAGCAGGACCCGGUCCACCGGGGCAGGGAGUGGGACCUGGACCGGCGGCGCCAUCGCCACUGGUCACCCAGGAUAAGCAUCCCGUGUGUGUGCUCAACGAACUGACCUCGAAGAACAAGUGGACGCCGCCGCAGUAUAAGCUCCGUCAGGAUAUCGGACCCGCUCACAACCGCUCCUUCCUUUUUUCGGUCGAGAUUAACGGACAGACUUAUACACCGGAUCGCGGAUGCAACAACAAGAAGGAGGCGAAACUCAACGCAGCCACCUUAUGCUUGCGAGCCUUAGGCAUCCUUCCGCCCAGCUAGUGAUCACACUUUGAAUAGGCUAAUUUCUAGAUAGUGAAUAUAAAAGAAACCCCAAACUGUACAUAAAAGUAGGCCUAAGUUAAAGUUGUAAAGUCUUGUUCGUCUGCUUUGGUGGAGAGACAAAUAUAUUUAUAACAUCUGAUCCUAGACUCUGUCAAGCCCAGUCUUAAUGCUAUCUGUUAAUUUGACUAGAAUUACUAAAAUUUGAUUCCCCCCCUUUAUGAAUAUUUUUUUUAAUUUUACAAACUAUUUACUUGAAUGCUGUUCCUGAUUUAAGUUGGAUAUUACCUGUAUAUUUUUAGUUCUUUAAAGAAAUGCAAGUUUCGUAUUUUAGUGGCAUUGUUGAAGUGGUUUUCUUCCUUCAAUAAAUUGAACAUUUUAGUUGACACAUUA